GAAGGUCACAGCGGUCGAGGCAGCGGGCAGACGACACACCUCACAGCCGGCACUGUCUCCCUCCCUCAGUCUCCUUCAGUCUGUCUUUCUGUUCGUUGAUUUACAGGACUCCUCUUCAAAAUGGCCAAGUAUCAGAUUGUUAUGGUCCGUCAUGGAGAGAGCGAAUGGAACAAGCUCAACAAAUUCUGUGGGUGGCACGACGCUGAACUCUCCGAGCAGGGUGUAAAGGAGGCUCACGCUGCAGGGAAGGCAUUAAAGGACGCAAGCUUCAAGUUUGAUGUUGCACACACUUCGGUCCUUACUCGUGCCCACAAAACAUUGUUUGCUAUCCUAGAAGAGAUUGACCAGAAAGACAUCCCAAUUUACAAGACUUGGCGACUCAAUGAGCGUCACUACGGUGGUCUUACUGGACUGAACAAGGCUGAAACUGCCCUGAAGCAUGGAGAGGAGCAGGUGAAGAUCUGGCGCCGUAGCUUUGAUGUUCCUCCUCCACCUAUGGAUGAGAGCAACCCACACUACAAGGAAAUUGUGGAGGAUCCCCGUUAUGCAGAUGGCCCCAGCAAAUCAGAAUUUCCCAUGUUUGAAUCCCUUAAGCUGACAAUUGAAAGGACUCUGCCUUACUGGAAUGAUGUCAUUGUGCCCCAGAUGAAGAAAGGAGAGAAGAUUCUCAUUGCUGCUCAUGGAAACUCUCUACGAGGCAUUGUCAAACAUCUGGAUGGUAUGUCUGAUGAAGCAAUUAUGGGCUUGAAUUUGCCAACUGGCAUUCCUUUUGUUUAUGAGCUGGAUGUUGAUUUUAAACCUGUGGUUUCCAUGAAAUUCUUGGGAGAUGAAGAGACUGUUCGGAAGGCAAUGGAAGCAGUAGCAGCCCAAGGCAAGGCCAAGUAAUUUUAAAUUACCCAGAAUAGAAAUGAAGUUUGUCACUUCUCCUACCCUUCUCUCCUUACUCACUAUACAGUACUUGUAAAAAGCUUCAGAGAAGCAGGAAGAGCCCUUCAUGUUCAGUGGUACAGAUGGAAUUUUGUGUGAUGUGGAUAUUAUGUACGGUAUUGUAAAAAUCUGUCUAGUCAUUGGGAUGAACUUAAAUUAAUCAUUUGUCUUCAUAAUUUGUUAUACUUUUGUGAGUGUGUAUGUUUGUUUCUGUACCAAUGUAGGGAUAAUAUUUAUUAAAGUUCAUCAUUAA